AUGGAGAAAUGUGAAAUCCGAGUUCAAGAGCUUACUUUCUUGGGGGAUACAAUCCCAGUUGAUGGAAUUAAACCAGAUCAAGCAAUAAACAAUAUGGAAAUACCAACCAACAGAAGGAAACUACAAUGUUUUCUGGGGAUGGUAAAUUAUCUGGCGAGAUUCUUGCUUAAUCUCUCAGUUAAAACGGAGCCUUUGAGAAAGCUUUCAGAACAAAAGAAUCGAUGGGAAUGGCAUCAUGAACAUGACAAAGCAUUUGAAGAACUGAAACACCUAGUGUGUAGUGAACCAGUAUUAGCUAUGUAUAAUCCAAAACAACUUAUUAGAAUUUCCACGGACGCUAGCCGAAGUGGCGUGGGUGCUGUGUUAGAGCAGAAAACUGAUGGACACUGGUUACUUGUUCCAUAUCAUUCCAGAGCAUUAACUGAUGCGGAAAGUCGUUACGCAGUAAUCGAGUUGGAAACACUAGCAAUAGCUACUACAGCUU